AUGGUAUCUGGUUCUGUAGAGACCAAGACCGCCGAUAGCUUGGGCUUGGCUAGUCAAUAUAUCAACCUGAAUGCACUUCUAACAAACCUCGGGGUCAACGGCAACUUGAAGGUGCUUGCCGUGCCCUGCAAUCAAUUCGGCAAGCAAGAACCGGGAGCAAGCCUCGUAGAAAUCAAAAAUGGGAUCAAAUACGUCAGACCCGGCGGCGGGUACGUGCCCGCCUUCAAUCUCACCGAGAAGAUGGAUGUAAAUGGAGCGAGCGAGAACAAGUUCUUCACUUUCGUCAAGAGUCGAUGCCCCCCUAUGUCCCACACCAUAGGUGACGCUUCCUACCUCUUCUGGGCCCCAAUAAAGACAACGGACGUCCAGUGGAACUUUGAGAAGUUCCUGAUCGACAAGCGAGGCGUGGUCAGGUACCGCAUCAGACAUCGCAUCGCCCCAGAUGCUCCUGAAGUGACAGCCCUUAUUGCUGCAUUGCUGAACGAGCAAUAGGAUCAUAAAUAUCUUUUUAUAACGUAUAUUGUUUGAUUAUUUCUACGAGCUUGUGCGAAUGUGGCCGCCUGUGGCAACCCUUUGCCAUGACAAGACUUUGAAAAUAAAUUUCAUUUCAAACAGGAACUUUCAGACAGAAUUUCUGUUGACGCCCCAUAACCUUGAAAAUAUCGUUGUCCACAAACCUUUUUGAAAUAUUCUUUGUACACUCGAUGAAAAAUCUGAUCGAAACUGCAAUGUGGCCAGAUUUGGAUAGUCACAGUAACUUUCUGACAUUGUGCAUUCUGUCGGCAAGAAAGCUGUGUUGUGUAUUUAGUAUCAAAUAAAAAGAUUUGUGGUGGAUUUGAA